CCAGCCCACACAGCAUCUCAAAUAUAACCUUCAUAUAUUCACUCGCAGAGAGCGGAGAGAGAUAUAUAUAUAGCAGGCAAGGCAUGGCGAAGGCGGUGGCGAUGCUGAUGGCCCUUGCGGUGGUAGUGGCGGUGAGCUCAGGCGGGGCAUCAGCGGACUGCAACAUCGCAGCGCUAGCGAGCUGCAAUGCGGCGGUCAUCCAAGGGGCGAAACCCACGGCGAUGUGCUGCUCCAGCCUACGAGCGCAGGAGCCAUGCUUGUGCACAUACCAGAACAACCCAAAGUACGGCAAAUACCACCCAAAUGCCCGGAAAAUGGUCACCUCCUGCGGCAUGGCCAUCCCCAACUGCUAGGCUACCUCUUGUGUGCAUGUAACAUAUA